CGGGUGCCAAUUCGCACACAUAUCAUCAUCACAUGUGGUAUGUGUGGCGUGCUCAGAGAGUAGUUUGCUCGCAAAUCUUGCAAUCUACUGCCGAGAUGCGAAUAUGUGUGAUUCGCGAGAAUGCAGCACACAAAUAUGUACAUGCUUCAGUUGACGGAAGAUAGUACAUCAAUUUCUGCACACUUCGCGCUCAAGGACGCGCUUUGUUUUCGUUGUCAGUCGUAAAAAAGUGGGAUGAAACUGCUCCCAAACUGCUCGGAAUGAAGCCUACGAUUUGUGUACUGCUGCUCGGCCUGCUGGGCAUGGCAUCGUGUCACGGAAUCAGCACCCUAACCGCGCAGAGCGGCGGACCUGGAACAACCGCGGACUGGUCAAAGAGUCGUCGACAGGGCACACUAAUCGAACGGAUUAUCAUCAGCGCUAACGAAAUACCGACGGAUAGGCCAUCCGGUGGGGUGGUCAUGUUCUCCGGGGACUCGGUGCAGCUGGAGCGCAUGCAGAGAGCCCAAGCGAGGCGACGCGGCUGGACGACCUCGCUGUCGGAAGGACUCCGAGCUUCGACCGCAAGACAUGGCACGGUGGCAGCGGUAACGAACGGUCGGACGUUAGAUCCGACCGAAUCGAGGCGUGACCUGGACGGAUCACUCUUUGAUCAAGUCUGCGCCUAGAAUUGGAAGAGAAUCUUCGAGAGAGAGUUCCUACAUAUAUGUGGAAAAAAUGUGUGGUCUAUGGACCAGCCAUUGCUGAGAGACAUAAGAUUGCAGUUUUAUCUUUUAAUAUGUCUAUUUUAAAUAUGUAUACAUGUUUCUUCAUCGUGUUACAAAAAAACUCUAUACUCGGAUCUUUUAUGACAAAUAACGAUGUAUAACUAACCAUUAUUUCUAUAAACAUGAUGUUUAAAUUUUACAA